AGAGCGAGGCUCUCUGCUAUAGCUCCUUUAAGCCGCAGAAGGGUUGCUUUAGAGGUGUCCAGAACUGCGGCCAACUCUGGAGAUCCCAAAAUGAACAAAUCAAGGUUCCGGCUCCCAAGGCCUUCUUAACUGGGUGUGUGGACUUGAAGGCAAUUGGUGAGGCUGUUGGUGGGGACCAUGCCCCACCCAUUCCAUGGACUCUGAGACUGGCUCCAUGUCCAGCAUAUGUUGUAGCAAAAUCAACAAAUGCUUUGGUGAAUGGACUUCCAUUGAAGAUGAUAAAGGGGUUGUUUGCUACCUCAUUUAACGUGAACUGAGCCAGCACAGGCAGAAAGAGGAAUCCACGGGCGGAGUAUUGCCGUGCUAAGCACUGAGCCACCCAAGGUGACAGAGGAGUAUGUGCCCUGAUGUGGUUUGAGGCCCACCUGCAAGAGGUCCUCUGUGCAAACCCAUGUAUCCCCAGAAAACAUUCAGUGGCUGUAGCUGGAUGAGUUCUCAUCUCUGCUGUAUGCAAGCAAGCCCAGCUAGGUCUCUAGGCCAUCUGGAUGCCACCCACUGAGAGUCUUUUCAGGACUUAGUGACUUGGUACUGCUUAUUUCCGCCUUCUCUGAGAAUGGAGCCUCAGAGUAGAGACCAGAUCGAAAAGUCUGAAAACUCUCUUUUGCUUCUGGAACCAUGAAAGCAGGAUCUCUUCCAGGAUGCCACAGUACAGUUGAUGGUCAUGUCUCCUUUUGGCUGUGACAGUUACUCAGACUUUCCUUAUUUUUGAUGACCUUGACAGUUUUUUUGAAGAGUACUGGUCAGGGUCAGUUUUGGCUGAGGAAUGAAGACAAUGGCCACCACAUUCCAAGAUACCACCAGGACAGUAAUUCUCAGUUGACCGUGGAAAACCUGAAGGGAAGAGUCACUGACAUGGAAGGAGUACCUAUUCACACUGGACAAUCUGCUUCGUGGAGAAAUCUUGAGGAACAUUGUUUUAAGAUAGCUGAUCAGCUUCCUUGGAUUUUGCUGAUGACCCAGGAGAGCUUUGCCUGAAGAUGGAAACGCUGGAGUCGGAGCUGACCUGCCCUAUUUGUCUGGAGCUCUUUGAGGACCCUCUCCUGCUACCCUGUGCACACAGCCUCUGCUUCAACUGCGCCCACCGCAUCCUGGUGUCACACUGCGCCACCAACGAGUCUGUGGAGUCCAUCACCGCCUUCCAGUGCCCCACCUGCCGACAUGUCAUCACGCUCAGCCAGCGAGGUCUAGACGGACUCAAGCGCAACGUCACCCUGCAGAACAUCAUCGACAGGUUCCAGAAGGCAUCCGUGAGCGGGCCCAAUUCCCCUAGCGAGACCCGCCGGGAGCGGGCAUUCGACGCCAACACCAUGACCUCCGCCGAGAAAGUUCUCUGCCAGUUCUGUGACCAGGAUCCUGCCCAGGAUGCUGUGAAGACCUGUGUCACUUGUGAAGUGUCCUACUGUGAUGAGUGUCUGAAAGCCACUCACCCAAACAAGAAGCCCUUUACAGGCCAUCGUCUGAUUGAGCCAAUUCCGGACUCACACAUCCGGGGGCUGAUGUGCCUGGAGCAUGAGGAUGAGAAGGUGAAUAUGUACUGUGUGACUGAUGACCAGUUAAUCUGUGCCUUGUGUAAACUGGUUGGGCGGCACCGAGAUCAUCAGGUGGCAGCUUUGAGUGAGCGCUAUGACAAAUUGAAGCAAAACUUGGAGAGUAACCUCACCAGCCUUAUCAAGAGGAACACGGAACUGGAGACCCUUUUGGCUAAACUCAUCCAAACCUGUCAGCAUGUGGAGGUCAAUGCAUCACGUCAAGAAGCCAAAUUGAUGGAGGAGUGUGAUCUUCUCAUUGAGAUCAUUCAGCAGAGACGACAGAUUAUUGGAACCAAGAUCAAAGAAGGGAAGGUGAUGAGGCUUCGCAAACUGGCUCAGCAGAUUGCAAACUGCAAGCAGUGCAUCGAGCGGUCCGCGUCCCUCAUCUCCCAGGCGGAACACUCUCUGAAGGAGAAUGAUCAUGCGCGGUUCCUACAGACAGCUAAGAAUAUCACCGAGAGAGUCUCCAUGGCAACUGCAUCAUCCCAGGUCCUAAUUCCUGAAAUCAACCUCAAUGACACAUUUGACACCUUUGCCUUAGAUUUUUCCCGAGAGAAGAAAUUGCUAGAAUGUCUGGAUUACCUUACAGCUCCCAACCCUCCCACGAUUAGAGAAGAGCUCUGCACCGCUUCCUAUGACACCAUCACCGUUCAUUGGACCUCCGAUGAUGAGUUCAGUGUGGUUUCCUAUGAGCUCCAGUACACCAUAUUCACCGGACAAGCCAACGUUGUUAGUCUGUGUAACUCUGCCGAUAGCUGGAUGAUUGUGCCCAACAUCAAGCAGAACCACUACACGGUCCAUGGUCUGCAGAGUGGCACCAAGUACAUCUUCAUCGUCAAGGCCAUCAACCAGGCGGGCAGCCGCAGCAGUGAGCCUGGGAAGUUGAAGACAAACAGCCAGCCAUUUAAACUGGACCCCAAGUCUGCACACCGAAAGCUGAAGGUGUCCCACGAUAACUUGACAGUAGAACGUGAUGAGUCAUCCUCCAAAAAGAGCCACACGCCCGAGCGCUUCACCAGCCAAGGGAGCUAUGGCGUAGCUGGAAAUGUGUUCAUUGAUAGCGGUCGGCAUUACUGGGAAGUGGUCAUAAGUGGGAGCACAUGGUAUGCCAUCGGCCUUGCUUACAAAUCGGCCCCGAAGCAUGAGUGGAUUGGGAAGAACUCUGCUUCCUGGGCACUGUGCCGCUGUCACAAUAACUGGGUGGUGAGACACAACAGCAAGGAAACCCCCAUCGAGCCAGCCCCCCACCUCCGGCGCGUCGGCAUCCUGCUGGACUAUGACAAUGGUUCCAUCGCCUUCUACGAUGCUUUGAACUCCAUCCACCUCUACACCUUCGACAUCACCUUCUCGCAGCCUGUGUGCCCCACCUUCACAGUGUGGAACAAGUGCUUGACCAUUAUAACUGGCCUUCCCAUCCCAGACCAUCUGGACUGCACAGAGCAGGCGCCAUGAGCACCUGGCCACAUGGAGCUGCUUUCUGGGGCAUAAAAGGGUCGUGGCCACCAUUUCAGGGACAGAGAAAGCACAGGCUUCCAGAGUGUGAUUAAAUGUCGCCAAAAAGUGUCCAGAAACAUCGACUAUGAUAGGACUCAACAUAGGCGAUUCUCCCCUUUUACUGUCUUUUGUAUUAAGUACAUGCUUUAAUAAUUUCUUCAAAUUUGUCCUGUGUUUGCAGGAAAAUUUAUAGAUUAUUUAUGAAAGAAACAUAACCGGAAUUACAACCCUUAGACAUGAUCUGGUUUUGCACAUUAAGAGGCCCAGAAGUUUGCCAGCUCUUUACAACAACCUUUGUGUCAUCACGCUCCGUGGGCUUGAGAAAAACAAAUCUUUUGUAGUUUCGUACGCUCAUUCAGCUUCUCACAUCGUCGUGUCAUACUGAUCCCAUCUUGGGUCCUGUCGCCUCGACGGUGCCUAACAGAAUAUGCAGUUACCUUAAAAAAAAAAAAAAAAGUUUUGAACCUAGUAGGGCAGCAACCGGGCUUUCUUAGUCUGCUUUAUUUUGAAGUGUUUUCAGUGUGAUGUCAAAACCGUCUUGGAUCAACUAGAACGGAGAGCAAGAGGGAGAGCGGAAAGAAUUGACUUAAAAAAUUGAUGUUAAGAAUUGACGUUAAGAAUUGACAUUAAGAAUUGACGUUAAGAAUGAGCUUGCCAUUGAAAAUAGUCACUUUGAAUCCUACUGAUUAUUCAGAACGUCAGAGGCUGAUUUGUCUUUGAUCGGAAGUAGGGUUCUGUUUCGUGACCUAAAUCUAUUUCAUUCUCUUCCUUUUAAUAGUUUCUUCAGGCCUGUGACAUUGCUUUGCUACAUUUGAUAGCUGUCCUAGCUCCCUCUCCCCCAAAUCAGUUUUCUUUUGUUGCUGGGGCUGAGGAAGUAAACAUUUUCUGUUAGAAAUGGCAGCACCACUUUGGAUUGACUUUGCUCUCCAGGACAUCAACACAUGGCCCUGACUGUCUCUACCACGUCCAAAUAUGACCCACCCCAAAACACUUAAUAUUUAUGAGUUGGUAAUGACAAGGGACAUUGCAUAAAGUACUCUUUACUAGUAUACGUGCCUCGAAAGUUAUAAACAGACUUUUAUUAAACACAUCUCGAAAGAUGUAGCGGUCCCUCUGUAUUCUAGUAUAGUUCACUAUAGAGUUGUAAAACAAAAAACAAAAAAACAAAACAAAAAAAGAACAAAACAAACAAACAAACAAAAAAAAA